AUGGGUUCUAACGGAUUACUCGUGCUACCCGGAGACGACUGGGCUGUAGUCAAACUGGGCCACAGAGGGAUUGUGAAUAGCGUACUCAUCGACACAAACCACUUCAAAGGAAACUUCCCUGAAUCAUGUCAAGUCGAAGGCUGCCUCUAUGAAGGUUCUGAUGUAGCGACCCUUAACAGUAAAGGUGAAUUUCCUGGCGCGGCUUGGAUGCCGCUGGUCACCAGAUGUAAACUGGCAGCCCACGAGGAGGUGGAGAAAGAAUCGAUCUGCACUACGCCCAUCACCCACCUAAGGCUCACUAUAUACCCAGACGGCGGUGUGUCUCGCCUGCGUGCCUACGGAGUGCCAUGCUAG